AUGUCACCGGAAGCAAUUUCACCACUGGCCAAGGUCAAAGGCCUCACUUUUGACGUCUUCGGCACUACUGUCAACUGGCGCUCAACCGUAACCGAGGAGCUCACACUGCGAGCAUUUCGCAAAACAACUUCCGAUCUCGACCCAGAUUUCAAGGCCAGAAUUGAAAGCCUCACUGAAGAAGACUGGGGUCGCUUCGCGCAACAGUGGAGAAGAUCAUAUGGGAAGUUCACUCAUGGCUUUGAUCCUGAGAAGCACACAUGGAAGACCAUCGACGAACACCACUACGACAGCCUGCUCGAGCUACUGGUAGCCUGGGACCUGACCGAACUUUACAGCCCCUCUGAGGUCGAGUCGCUGAGUCUAGUCUGGCAUCGCCUGACCCCAUGGGAUGACUCCUCGGAAGGCCUUGGAAAGCUCGGCAAGAAGUACAAGACUAGCACGCUCUCCAACGGCAACGUUUCGCUACUUAGAGAUCUGAACGACUUUGGAAACUUGGGCUUCCAGUAUUUGCUCUCAGCUGAGAAGUUCGGAGCUUACAAGCCCAACCCAAGAGUUUACACUGGCGCUGCGCGGGAGUUGGGAUUGGAGCCUAAUGAAGUGGCCAUGGUUGCCGCGCAUCUCAGCGAUCUCGCCGCUGCGAGAGCAUGUGGUAUGAGGACUGUGUACAUCGAGCGUCCACAGGAAGAGGAUUGGGGCAAAGACGACGAUAGAUAUCAGCAAGCUAAGGGAUGGGUCGACCUUUGGAUUACAGCGGAUGAUGAAGGGUUCCUGACUCUAGCUCAGAAACUUGAAGAGCUGGCGUAG